AUGGCUGCGCAAAAUUCUUUUGAUAUUCUUGAGCUGUCAGAGGACGAGCGAGCUGUUUCUAAUCGCAAAUACCGCAAAACCCUGCACUAUGUAGCGCAAUCUGCGAUAUGGAUUGGAUAUCUAUACUUCCUUGUCCGCGUGUCGGUGCUACUUUUCAGUCCAUCGAAGACAUGGCAAAUGUGGGCAAUGCUAGGUGUGGAAUUGAUACUGGCCUAUUUGGCCCGGAAUGAGCAUCUUCUUUCUGCUGCUGCUAGUAAGAUUGCAGGAGCUGGCCAACGCAAAAUGCUGCGAUUGCAAGGCACUGAGAACUUGCCUCGUGUAGAUGUCCUGCUCCCAUGCUGCGGAGAGCCUGAGGAUGUCAUCAUGGAAACCGUGCGAGCGGCAUGCACUCUAGACUACCCUAUGUCUCAAUUCCGAGUCCUGCUCUUAGACGAUGGAGGCUCGGCUUUAUUGAAAAAACGAGUGUCAGAACUUAGUUCUCAGUGGCCUCACCUCUCAUAUCACUCUCGGGGCAGACAGUCUGGUCAGGUGUUUGCCAAAUCAGGUAACCUGAAUUAUGCAAUCGGCACCCUGCAAAAGGAAGACCCGCCAGAGUAUUGCGCAGUUCUGGAUGCGGAUUCUAUCCCAAAACCUGAAUUUCUUCGGGCAAUUCUCCCGCAUUUACUUCAAAAUCCCGAGGCGGCCCUGGUCUGUACACGCCAGUACUUCGACAACUUGCCCAGCGGAGAUCAGCUGUCCCAGGCAAGAUGCCACUUUUACACCUGCCAGAAUGCGGCACUGGAUAUCUUGGGCUGUGCCAUAGAUGCAGGCUCUGGUGCGGUCUUCCGACGUGAAUGUAUUGUUCAGAUUGGAAUGUACCCAACUUUCUCUUUCUCCGAGGACUGGCAGCUAUCACUGGUUCUGCGAGGCUUUAAGCACAGAGUUAUGCAGGUCCAGGAGCGUUUACAAUAUGGACUUGUUCCAACAUCUAUAACUGGGCAUAUCGCGCAAAGAAACCGAUGGAAUAUCGGCCAUGCCCAACAAGUCGUUUCUAUGCUUUCCUCCAACGCCCCUGACUACCCUAAGGCUCUUCAGAGAAGCAUUGCUUGGAAUGGUGCUGGGGUUGUUGGGGGUGAGGUUAUCGGCUUCAUUGCGUUUUCCAUGAUUCCGAUUCUUCUCUUGUCUGGAAAAGUAAUCCCAACAACGUCAUCUUUCUUGACCAGCCUUCAGCUGGUCCUGGCGUUGACAUAUUUGCUCUUGAAUUGGUCAUAUGAGUAUGUCCAGGCUGCGUAUACGGGAUUCGAAAGUGCGCCAUUUGCCCACUUGGAGAACAAGUGGCUAGCACUCGGAAAUAUCUACGCCAUUCUUCGAUUCUAUCUGUUCUCCAGUAAGCCAAAGGGAUCAUUUGUAACAGGCAGCACUGCGAAUUCCUGGAAUAGAAGCGCAGUCAUGUCUUCAUACAUGAAACUCUACACAGAUUUGUGGCAGAACGGAAUCUUCUGCAACGUUGUGACACUUGCCUUGACAUUGGGUGCAGUCUUCUACUCCUCGGCCACCAUUUUGUCUCCCGGUGAGCCAUGCUGGGCGACAGAAGUGUUCACUUCGUUUGCGUGGCCCCCACUUCUCAACAUGUGCUAUCUCAGUAUUGUGAACAACUGGGUGCCAAUCUCAUAUCUCCUGAAUCCUCCGGUUUACCCAAGUCGGAAGUCCCAAGCUCCCCAGAGCGAUUCCAACAAGAAGGACAUGAGACAAAGCAAGUGGUCGGCGAUUGACAAAGCCGGUCGCGAUAUGAUCAAUCUGGGAAGCAGGCUAGAACUCGUCGAUGAAGCGGAAUUAUAA